CCAGCCGCGGCAGCAGGAGGAACCCGGGCGGCUGUCGGGGCUGGCGAUGGGGUUAAGUGCCCCUCGUGCGUGAGCCCGCCGUCGCCGCGCCGGCCGCAGCCCGCCGGCCGCGCUGCCGCGGCGUUCAAAAGGGAUGCUCUUGCUGAUUCAAGACAACACAGUUCUGUCCAAGACUCUACACUGGGGAUAAGGACAUGGGACUCCUCCUGCCAGAUUCCAGAUGGUUCAUUACAACUGACAUCUUGGUUGACAACUGUGAAAAGGAACUUUGGAUUAUUUUAUUUUAUUUUUGUGGGAGACCACAAUCCCCAAAUUGUAGGGCAUAUCAGGUUCCGUGUUUCUUGUAGAAUUUUAAAAUAACCUUUUCUAAUGAGGAUGUCUGAUAUUCUUACUGUAAAAGAUGAAACUGAUGCAAUGAAGGGUUCAGAAGCUGAAUUUAAAGAUACAGACCCAAUUGAAGACCUUGUAAAAUCAGGAAGUCAGGAACAGAUUCAGGCAGAAAAGGAUGAAAAUUGUCCUGAUAGCAAAAACAAUAUGCCGGAGAAAAUUCAGAUCCAGUUGUCACAGUCUUUUGAAAAAGAAGAAAAACCUGCAAAAGAUGAAACAGAAAAGGAAAAAUCCAGUGAUAAACUGUCCAGAAAAAUGUUAUCAAGAGAUUCCAGCCAAGAGUAUACAGAUUCCACUGGUAUAGAUCUUCAUGAAUUUCUAGUAAAUACGUUAAAAAACAAUCCCAGGGACAGAAUGACACUGCUGAAAUUAGAACAGGAAAUUUUAGAUUUCAUUGGUAAUAAUGAAGUUCCAAGAAAAAAGUUUCCCCCAAUGACAUCUUACCAUAGAAUGCUGUUGCACAGGGUAGCUGCUUACUUUGGAUUAGAGCACAACGUGGACCAGAGUGGAAAGUCAGUCAUAGUAAAUAAAACUAGCAAUACGAGAAUACCUGACCAAAAGUUUUGUGAGCAUAUAAAAGAUGAGAAGAGCGAUGAUUUCCAGAAGCGGUACAUCCUUAAAAGGGAUAACUCUAGUUUAGACAAAGAUGACAACCAGAUGAGAAUACGAUUAAAAGACGACAGAAGAAGUAAAUCCAUAGAAGAACGUGAAGAAGAAUAUCAGAGGGCUAGAGAAAGAAUAUUUGCACAAGAUUCCCUGUGUUCCCAAGAGAGUUAUUUCACUGAUAAAAGAAUCCAGGAGGAAGAAACUAAUAGUACACAACAAAGACGACAGAUACUUAGAAUCAAUAAGGAAACAUCAGGGAGAUCAGCCAACAGCCAUCAAAGCAGUACUGAGAAUGAUCUGAAGUAUUGUGAACCCCGUCCCUGGAGCAGCACCGACUCUGAUAGCUCCAUCCGCAAUCUGAAGCCAGCUGUAACGAAAGCCAGCAGCUUCAGUGGGAUAUCAGUUCUGACAAGAGGAGAUAGCUCUGGAAGCAGCAAAAGCACAGGCAGGCUGUCUAAGACAGGUCAGCCAUUCCUGAAUCCCGAUGGCACUCCAGUAGUGUACAAUCCUCCUAUGCCUCAGCAACCUGUUAGGACCCAAGUGCCUGGACCUCCACAACAGCCGCCUCUUCCUGCACCACCUCAGCAACAGCCAGCAGCAAAUCACAUCCUCUCACAGCAAGAAAACCUAGGAUCACAAUUCAGCCAUAUGAGUCUUGCCCGCCAGCCACCCGCUGAUCCAGCUGAACCUCAUACUGCUAUGUUCCAGUCCACUGUAGUCCUCCAGUCCCCACAGCAGUCCGGUUAUAUCAUUGCAGCUGCUCCACCUCCACCACCCUCUGGCCAGCCAGUUUCUGCUCCAGGCUACUCAACAUCUAGCCAUCCUGCCAACCAGCAAGUACUCCCACAGCAGGGAUAUAUGCAGCAACCUGUGCCACAGAUGCCAGCUUGUUAUUGUACCCCCAGUCAGUAUCCGCACUCCAGUCAACAAUACCGACCUGUUUCUGUCCAUUACAACACACAGCAAAACCAACCAUUGGCACAGCCAGGACAGCAGACAGGUUACCAGAUCCUGCCCAACCAGCAGCAAAACUACCAGGGUUUAGUUGGAGUUCAGCAGUCUCAGAAUCAAAAUCUAGUCAGUGGCCAACACAACAGCAUUGGGAAUCAAAUUCAAGGUGUGAUUGUUCCAUAUCCUUCAGUGCCAUCUUACCAGGUUUCGGUGCCUCAAGGUUCCCAAGCAGUGCCCCAGCAGACAUAUCAACAGCCUGUUAUAAUUCCCAGUCAGUCAAGUCAAGGAUUGCCUGCAACAGGAAUGCCAGUUUACUAUAGUGUAAUUCCAUCAGGUCAACAGAAUAAUUUAAGUUCAUCAGUAGGAUAUUUGCAGCCUCCUGGAUCAGAGCAGAUACAGUUUCCUAGAACAUCAUCACCAUGCAACUCACAGCAGCUUCAAGGACAGCAGUGUGCAGUUUAUAGCAACCAUUCAAGUCAGAAGCCAUCACCUCCUUCAUUAUUGCCACCUUCAUCAAAGUCAAAGCCACAACAGGCUGCUUCCAUUGUGCACUACAACAUAGUGUCUCCACCCUCAUCAUAUAAAAGUUCGCCCACUGGUCUUUCCAUCAUGCAGCCAAUAAAAGUAGCACCACCACCAGGUGGAGGAGUAGUAAUGAUGCAGCUAAACAUACCUAACAAUCCUCAGCCUCGAAACCAUUCACCUCCACCAUGGAAACAGAACAAAUACUACUGUGAUCAUCAAAGGGGGCAGAAGUCCACAGAACUUAGCACUUUAGACAGUGCUGCACAGUUGCAGCAUAGUCCUCAACUAGGUAGUCCUGUCACCUCACCGGCCCAAUCACCAGCACCAGUUCAGCUGUCAAACAUGAAGAACAUCCGUCCCACAUUAACACCCCUUUCUAUUGUGCCCCAGUUUUCUAGACCUUUUGUCCCUGGACAAGGAGAUGCCCGAUACCCAUUGCUUGGCCAACCCCUGCAAUACAAUCCACCAUCUUUAUUACGAGGACAAGUAACAAGUGAACAGUCUUUCCAGUGUCAGCCUGGAAACAGACAUGGAAACAGGGGAAAGAAACCAGCAAAGAAGGCUGCGUCAACAGAUCUUGGUGCAGGAGAACCAGUUGUGGGAAAAGUUCUAGAAAUUACUGAACUGCCAGAAGGCAUAACUCGUACGGAAGCAGAAAAACUAUUUGGAGAACUUUUUAAAGUUGGUGCCAAGAUUCGGUGGCUAAGGGAUUCGCAGUGUCUACAAGCGCAGCAGCAACAGCAGCAGCACCAUCGUCGUUACUGUGGCAGCGGAGACAGUAGUGUGAAUGCAGAGUCAUCCAAAUCUAGUGACUUGGCUUCCACAUACACGGUUCUGGCUACGUUCCCUACAAUGUCAGCUGCUCAGAAUGCAUUGAAGAAACAAAGUAGUACCUCAGUGAAUAAGUUCAGGCUGAGAACAAGCAAGAAGCACUACGACUCUCAUGUUCUGGAAAGGGCUAGUUCUCAGUAGCAGUUACAUCAGUGGACACUCAGCCUUUACUACAUCCAUGUCCUCCUCUCCAUUGAUUGGCUCGAUGUCAUGGGGCUUCUGUUCUCUUCAUAGAGACUCCUGGGAUGUUCUGUCAUAUGACAUUAGCCAUUAAAGAAUAAAUAACCCACUGAUCCAGCAAGAUGAAGAAAAAAAAAUACGGAGUUAAUUCCAAACAAUAGCAAAGAAUGAAUUUGGAGACAGGCAGCUUUCUACAAGGAAGGCUGUUGAAAUGCCCCCUACUUUUAUAGUAGUUUUGUUUUAUAUUUUUGAAUUCUUGUAUCAGAUCCAAAGUUCUAUUGUACAGCAAACAUUCAUAAAAAUCCAUAUUCAGAUUUGUAUUUUAUAAUCCCUUUUCCCACUGGCACACAGCUGCCCAUUCCAAGGCAGGAACCUGAGGAUUGGUGGAGGGGAAAAGAGAACCAUUUUGAAGGACUUACACUCAUUUUUCUAGCAAAUUAUCCCAAAUCUUCCAAGUUAACCUGUUCUUUGUCCCUUGUGGUUUUGUUCGGGGUCCCCCUCACCCCACCCCAAGAAAAAAGAUAUAUAUGUAAUUUUAGCAACUAACUCCAUAGAUGGUCAUUUUCUUUUGAGAUUCAUUCAAGCAAUGUGAAAAGAAAUUCCAAGUAGGUUGUACCCUCGAAUUAUUCACUUCUGAUCCAGCAUAUUUAAUAAUUAUUUAAAGGGGAAUAUGAAUAGGUUAAAAAGAAUAUUCACUGAAUCACAUUUUAAUAUUUCUUCUUUUUAGCAAAAGUGUGAAGAAACUAAAAUGUAUCUUCACAAGUGACAAAAUGUUUGCACUUUGUGUUCCCACCAUUAUGGAUAUCUUUCUCUUCAUGCUAAGAUAACUGUGUUUGAUAAGUGCUGGAAACCCUUUUAAUGGUUUAAGUUUUCAUCAUUUGCAGAUGCUCACUGGACAUUAAAGAUUCAUUGCACAUAAAUGAAACAAACUUUUUUCAAUUUGUGUAAUUUGCAAGGCUGUACAAUGUGUGCUGAUGCAAGCCUUUUCCAGUUCAAAAAAAAAUAAAUGUUUACAAACACAAA